CUCGAAUAAGAAGCAUUCAGUUCGUAAAUCCAAAUGCCGACAAUCGUACUUUUCAAAGCAUAAGUGAAGAAUGGGUGCUAAGUGAAGAAAUGAAGCAAUUUAGUGAAAUUGCAUAUACAAAAAGAAUUGAAUUUAUUAACGCAAAACUAAUUAAAAAAAAUUCAUUAGGCGCUUGGCAUCCAAUACCUAUAACAUGUAAAGAGGCAGACCUUCAAAAAAAUAAUAGUUCUUUAACAAGACCACAAAUUUUGUCAAUUAUUAAUUCUUUAAUUCCUCUUUUAGGUGAUGCAGAUUGA